AUGGCGUUGAUGAAGACGAAUUGGUAUGGCCGGGGCACCAAGCUCCAAGUCGCCAUCACUGUUGCUUGCCAGCUCGCCUUUGUACUUUUCGGAUAUGACCAAGGUGUCUUCUCUGGCAUCGUCGGCAACGAGGACUGGCUCAACACUUUCGGACAUCCCAGCAGUGGACUCGAGGGCAUUAUCGUUUCGAUUUACAAUCUUGGCGCAUUCUCAGGAUGUAUCUUGACUUUCAUCUGGGGCGAGAAGUUUGGGAGGAGACUGUGUAUGUGGGUUGCAAUGGGCUGGAUCAUCGUUGGAGCCAUUCUUCAGACGACCUCGUACUCUGUCCCUCAAAUCCUGGUCGCCAGAUAUAUCACCGGCAUUGGCACUGGUAUUGAAACCAGCACUGUGCCGAUGUACCAGAGUGAGCUUUGCGAUGCCGACAAGCGCGGUCGACUCGUAUCCUCGGAGCCGCUCUUCGUCGGCGUCGGCAUCGUUAUCUCAUACUUCUUCGACUACGGCAUGUCCUUCGUCGGUGGUCCAACAGCAUGGCGUGUACCCAUCGCUUGUCAAAUCGUCUUUGCGAUCGUGGUCAUUAUCCUUGUCUUCGGCUUGCCAGAGUCACCUCGCUGGCUCUACGCACGUGGCCGCAAUGAAGAAGCUCUUGAAGUCAUCUGCGAUGUUUGGAAUAGUGAUCCUUCCGGCGAAAAGGUUCAAAAGAUGCAGGACGACAUUCUAGGUGCCUUGGAGCUCGAGAGGAAGCACGGGGAGUACAAGUGGCGCGAGAUCUUCAAGCGGGAUGAGGUUCAGACCGGUCGCCGAGUCCUUCUCGCAUACGGAAUGCAGUUCAUGAAUCAGAUGGGUGGUAUCAACCUGGUGGUCUACUUUGUGCCAUCCGCCCUGCAGCAAAACGUCGGCUUGUCACACAACCUAGCGUUACUCAUUGGCGGCGCUGUCCAAUGCAUGUUCUUCGUCGGCUCGCUUGUCCCAACAUUCUUCCUGGAUAGACUGGGAAGACGGCGCCCAAUGAUGUGGGGAUCUUUCGGUCUGGCCAUUUCCAUGAUGAUGCUGUCUGUCCUUCUGAGCUUCAGUCGACCGCAGUUCUCUCAAGACCUCAAGACCAAGACUUCCGAAGCUAGCAUAGCUUUCUUCUUCACGUACAUGCUCAUCUUCGGCGCGACAGCCAACUGCAUUCCUUGGGUGUAUGUACCGGAGAUUCUGCCGCUGCAUGCUCGCGCAAAGGGUACUGCCAUUGGGAUAUCGUCGAAUUGGCUUUGGAACUUCGUCGUGGUCAUGAUCACGCCAACCUUGAUUAAUAACCUUCAAUGGAAAGGCUAUCUCAUCUUCAUGGCCCUCAACUUCUCUUUCAUCCCAUUGGUUUACUUCUGCUAUCCCGAAACGUCGAACCUCACCCUCGAGGAGAUCGACUUCCUCUUCACCAAGGACGGCAACACAGGUCUCAAGAAAUUCGCCCGUCGCUCGCAGCCGGUGCAGGAGAGUCUGAAGCCGAUUGAAGAAAUUGAGCGAGAUAAGGAUUUAGAGAAGGGAACUUCGGUGUUCGCUUCGGGGGAGCAUGUUGAUCAUAUUGAUCAAGUCGACGGAAAGGGUCAGCCCUAG